ACUCCCAGCUUCAUGAUUUUGAAUCACCUGGCUUCGAUCUUUGAUCCAACCUUCCGUCUGGUUGUCUGUCUCUACCGAUCUCGUCCCAGAGCGCUUCACCAGCCUGAUUAGUUCUCUCUAUACCAAACCAACCCCACGCGGUCGAUGUCCGCUCCUCUACUAAGUGGAGGCCAGUCUUACUGACCAAGUCAGAUCGCACCUGAUGUGGCUGGUCUUGCCUUUCUAUCAGAUCAGGAAUCUACAAGCAUUUCAACGGACGAUCGAUUUAGAUUUUGCAAGAGCCGAGCAAGCAAGCGUACCGUCAGGCUGAGCAUUUGCUUCGCUAUCCUGUUCAGUAGUCGCUCGGCUGUGUAGCCAGUGGCGAGAAUGAGUCCGAGCACAGCCUCUGACCCCGCUGUGACGUUACGCGGUCCGUGGCAGCGGGAUGACGAUCGGCGCGUGGAGGGGAAGGACGUGGUGCUCAAGGGAGUGGACCUGAGCCACAUGACCUCGUGCGCUCCGCGCGUGAAGCACGCAGCGGACUACGAGAGGGAGGAAGACGCGUACUGGGCCGCUGAGUCGCCCAUGGCUGCCGCUCAGGCGUCGUCGAACCCUCCAGUGCGGCCGGACUAUAAGGAGGCCCUGUACGACCUCGCCAACCAUAGCUGGCGCCAACUUGGCGACGUGCACGUCAUCAGCGAGGGCGAUGAAACCAGCGACGUUGGGAUGUCGGACGAGGCGAGCGUCGAGAAAGCCGCUGUGGCGAGCACACCUUGUCGGGUUGCGGAGGUUCUUAUUCCAGAGGACGCUCACCCGCUGACUCGCCAGCCAUCGCAGCAGCGACUGCGUAGCGGCGUUACGGCUGCGGCGGUUGAUGGAAGUAUGGCAGGUCCUGCGUCGAUUGACGGGUUUGGCGACCCCAAGGCGUGGGUCUGCAGGGAGGCACGAGGCCGUGCGAGUGGGUGGGGUGCGGGUGAGCGCCCUGCAACCGUCGGAGGCGUCUCUCGGAACACUGUCCCUCGCGUGCCGUGUCAGCAGAGCAUCCCAUGCACCCACCACGAGCCUCCGCCCCUGCACGACCGCCGCUCGUCCGGCCACUUCUCGCUCUUCCACUUCCCUGUGCUGCUCCGAGGGAGCGCCACUGCCAACGAAGCACUGCCAGUCGACGCCAGCAGCGCUUGCCCUCUCACCCACGCGGCGGGCGGCGGGGAGAGCGAGUACCGGUUGUUCUCGAGAGGCGCCAAGGGCGGCAGGCCGGGCAUGGCCACGGCAUGGAUGGGGCGGGCGGGAGGAGGGGGCGUUGGGGGGCUGUUUGUACCCGUGAUGUGAUGUGAUUUGAAGGGAUGGGAUGUGAUAUGAUGGCAUGCGAUAGUGAUGCGGUGUGAUGUGAUGUGAUCUGACCGCGUGCUUGGCUUGUUGCCUCAUCGCGCUGGAUUGCUCUGGGUCGUGUGAGCACUUGAGUAGCGCGUACAGAGGUGAGAAGACUGGAGAGGACGAGGCAAGAGCUGGCUGAAGAGGCACAGGCAGCAUUAGGACUUGGUCCUUGUUCUGACAGCAUUAGCGCUGCUGCCGACGGAUGGAGACAUAGGCAGCUUGGCAAGGAAGAAGGUGUUUUCACGUCUUUCCCGGUUUUGUUUUUCUGUCCGUCAUGUACUGUUGCUAGUAUGUGCCCCUUUUAUGCGCUGCCUUCGCUGUUAUUCCAGCGCCCUUCCCGUCACAGUCAUUCGCCGGUUUUGUUUAGACGUGGCUUCUCGUGCGGGCCACGAGGAGAGACGGAGGAAGCAGGUGAUCACUGGGUCUGAUGUACGCUCCACGGCUGUUGCAGCUGCUGCGGCCUCACGGGGCUGUGUUUGAGCACGAGAAUGAGCGGUGAUGGCAAAGUCUGCACCAGGUCCAGGCGAGGGACGCCUGCAGACAGGAGUGGGUUUGGCGAACUGCAGCGUGUUGACGGACAAGCUGGUUGUGACAGCAAGGCAGGCUCGUUGAGCAUGGCCUCGGUACAGGCUGACUGCACCGACUGUUGACUCACACCAUCACUUCACUGCUCACGCCUCUGCCAGGGUGGUGAAAGUUGGGGGGGAGAGAAGGCACAUGGAGGGGUCGAGACAAGGAGGGAAUUGCUGUGGCAGCCGAAACAAGGGGAGAGGUGCUUGGUGCGUGAAGAUAGUGUUGGAGGGUGUGCUCAGUGUGGAGGGCAAACUGUGUGCUGGGGGAGGAAGCUGUAAGGAGCACAUGGGUGUUCUGUUGCUGGUGGAAGGUCGUCCCCUAUUGGCUGCUGUCGGAGAGAAAAAAUGGAUGUUGUGGGUGAGGAGAGCGGACAGCGUGGUGCUGGGUGAUGGAGCAAGGUGCUGUGGACCUUAAUGCAGGUUGCAACUGGACCAGGGAGAGGUUGGGUUGUGGGGCUUGGUAAUCAGUAACCGGACUCUGCGAUCGACAAACGAAAAACGAGAGCAACAAGCCAAGAAGGGCCGAGUCCAAUGUGCGGAAGGGGUUGUUACAGGGUGAGGAACAAAAAUGUGCAAGGGGGAGCAGUGGUGGACAAAAAGAAAAUGGGUAUCCAUGGCGAUCAGAUGCUCUGUUGCUGGGCUGUGGCGUGUUGAUGGUUCUCUGCAAUGCGUAUGUGGCAAGUGCGGAGGACUACCUGUCCAGUGCUGUUGCAGCACUAUCAGAUGCACAAGUGUCUGGAGGGCGGUGGUCUUCAUGCCACUCUGCUCCUCUUGCUGUGCUGUGUCGUUGCUUCCAGGUUUCUGUGGUCUUGUCCUUAGGGUAUGGGAGAUGUCAGUUGCAGGUGCAGGAUAUACUGGAGUAAAGGGAGGCUGGGUCUUUAGCUUUUGGACUGACUGUUGUCCUAGAAACCGUGUCAGUUGUUUUGGAGUUGACCUAAUGGAUA